AUGGCUUGCACACGCGCUCUCACUCGUCUGGCUACGAAGCGAACUGCUGUACGGUCGGCAGUUUUCUCUCGCGGCUUCGCCUCGGUAAACGAUGUACACGCCCGCGAUCCCAUCUCCAAGACCGCCGAAAAGAUUGUCCCCGACGCCUCGCGAUCGACCACCCCAGAGAGCAAGACAUCGACAGUCCCGGAGCCCUCACCCAGUAAAGAUGCGAAGACCAAGACCUUCCACAUCUACCGCUGGAACCCAGAUGAGCCUACAUCCAAACCCAAGAUGCAGUCCUACACGCUCGACCUGAACAAGACUGGACCCAUGAUGCUGGAUGCGCUCAUCAGGAUCAAAAACGAGGUGGACCCGACCUUGACCUUCAGGAGGAGUUGUCGCGAGGGAAUUUGCGGAAGUUGCGCCAUGAAUAUUGACGGAGUCAACACAUUGGCCUGCCUUUGCCGUAUCCCCACAGACACAACCAAGGAAUCUCGCAUCUACCCGCUCCCCCACAUGUACGUUGUCAAGGACCUUGUACCGGAUAUGACUCUUUUCUACAAGCAAUACCGCUCCGUCAAGCCAUAUCUGCAGCGCACUACUGCCGCACCAGAUGGUCGUGAGUUCCGUCAAUCCAAGGAAGAUCGCAAAAAGCUAGACGGUCUCUACGAAUGCAUCCUCUGUGCCUGCUGCUCAACCUCGUGCCCGUCCUACUGGUGGAACCAAGAAGAGUACCUUGGCCCCGCUGUUCUCCUCCAAUCAUACCGAUGGAUCGCCGACUCGCGAGAUGAGAAGAAGGCUGAGCGACAGGAUGCCCUCAACAACAGCAUGAGUUUGUACCGAUGCCACACCAUUCUCAACUGCUCAAGGACAUGCCCCAAGGGCCUCAACCCUGCCCUGGCCAUUGCUGAGAUCAAGAAGAGCAUGGCCUUCACAUAG